GGUGCAGCGCCGGGACACCGCCGAGGAUGACUCCAGCAUGUCCAUGGCAGGCAGCCACACCUUUGGUCGGUACAACAACUUUGCGAACGCAGCGCACAUGCUUUGCAGGCUCGUCCGGCGAACCUCAGGCAAUCCGCACGCCAUUGACCCUUGGACUGACAGCUUGUGCAGCUGCGCUGAGCGCUGUCAGAGUUGUGUUGAAGUGCUGGCAGAGGAUUGGCAAAUGAAUCUUCGCGGCGGCGUCGGGCGCAAGCCGGAGGACGGAUGGCGAAGGUACUUCAGCCGGAAGCAGGCGAGCUUCGAUGCGAUACAGAGAAUCUGCAAUCCCAACGACGAGGCGUACCAGUCCCAACUCGGCACGCCCGUCGACAACACCUUUGACCGUCAUAAAGGCUCUGGGGCGGG